AUGUUGACGGUAUCGACAACAAACUCAAAACUAAAAACCAAUGGUACUCAAGAGGUUCCCUUGCGUCUAAAGGCAAACUUUGCGAGUGAUGAGUUAUUCCUAAUCAUGACAGUACUCAACCGCCUUGUCCCCUUUGCUUUCGCGUCCAUUCUUCAGAGUCUGGCAUUUAUUCACCCCAACAAUGAAGACGGUGACGAGUUGACUCUAGAUGAUGUUCAAGGAGUAAGCGAUGAUGAGUCUGAAGGGGAGAAAUCAGAACGAGGGGUGGAUGGAAAGAAGCUUACUUCUGGUAAACCAAAGUUUACUUUCAUUCCGUAUGCUCUUAGGUAUAGAUGCUUGGGUCAGAAGGCUACAGAAUAG